AUGCAACGGUGUGUGGUAGCUAUCAGGAUCAAGAGCGUGUAUGGCGAGCUAGCCUAUUUCAAGGACGACAACGGACGCUUCUCAUCGGACAUCAACAAGGCCUACACGCUCAAAAUGAGGGCGAAGACCAAGUAUGAACUUGUUGUCGAGUUCGGUACUUACAUGUUACUACAGUCGCCCGACAAUGUGCAUAUCGUGAGCAUGAGCAUUGAGGGAGGAAUGCUGGAGAAAGAAAUGCAAUCAAAGAAAGCCGUACAAUCUGAUGGGGAGAAAACAAUCGGCUUCCUGUGGUGGGACACAUCCAGCUUUGAUGAAACAAAAGUAUCCAAGAGAGAAAAACUCGAGUUUGUCAUCGUCUUGUCGGUGCAAGGGUUGAAAGGGCCGGGGAAGGACAAUCAUCACCUUGUCAAGACCAAACUGCUCUUCAAGUUCUACAACCCGAAUGAAGAAAAGAUGAUGAAGAAAGGUCUUCCUCUAGGUGCUCUGAAGAUUCAUUGCGCUCUGAGCAACACGUCUAAGGUCACAUCAGUGACUUGCGCUGACUUGCAGCACGUGGAGGAGCUGGUGAUUGUUGGAAAUCCUGCAGAAGCCGUGCAGUGA